AUGGCCACAUCUGGCAGGAUCAGUUUUACAGUGAGGAGCAUUUUGGAUUUACCAGAGCAGGAUGCUAUUAGCGUAAAGCAAGCCUCUGACCAUCACCACUCAGCGGAGAACUACAGCGGCUCGCCGUACCGAGGGUGGAUAGAAACAGACAGAAAUCACUAUCCCUCUUCCGACGAGAGCGGUCCGGAGCUGAGCUUGCCCGACUCCACCCAAAGGUCGCUCCCCGCCCGCGGCUCGGAGGCCGAGGAGAAGAAGAAGAAGCGGCGGGUGCUCUUCUCCAAGGCGCAGACGCUGGAGCUGGAGCGGCGGUUCCGGCAGCAGCGGUACCUCUCGGCGCCGGAGCGGGAGCAGCUGGCGCGGCUGCUCAGCCUCACCCCCACCCAGGUGAAGAUCUGGUUCCAAAACCACCGCUACAAGAUGAAGCGGGCGAGGAGCGAGGGCCCCGGCAGCACCCCGCCGCGCCCGCCCGCCCUGCUGCGCCGGGUGGUGGUGCCGGUGCUGGUGCGGGACGGGGAGCCCUGCCGUGGCUGCCCCGCCAGCCCCCCGCCGCCCGCCGCCCCCCCCAAGCUGGGCUGCGCCCUGGCGGGCUGCAGCGCCCAGGCCGCCCUCGCCCUGCAGGGCUACCGCGCCUGCCCGCCCGCCUCCGCCGCCCUCGGCGUCUUCCCCGCUUACCAGCACUUAGCGCACCCCGCCGUCGUCUCCUGGGGGUGGUGA